GCUUUAUGAUUUUUUUUAGAUGAAAGAACACUCAUGGAUUGCUUGAGCCCCAUAUUAGACAUUGGAACCUGCUUGUGGCAUUGUAGUGCCAGACAUGUGGCCUACAUACACCAUCUGGAAGAAAAUCUGCUCAGCUUGCAAGCCGGAUGUGAAGUACUCAACCACCGCCGACGCGAUGUGCGGGCUAAGGUGGAAGCCCUCGAACAGCAACAACGACUGAGACGCACGGAGGACGUGGCGCUAUGGCUGACACUUGCAGAAGCCAUGCUCGGAGAAGUGAACAUAAUUAUUCAACAAGGCGACGAUGAACUUCGAAACAAAUGUGUUGGAGAUUGCUGCCCCAGGAACCUGAAGUCCACCUACAAGAUCGGGAAACGAGUCGUUAAGAAGAUGGAUUCCGUGAAGGAGCUUCUGAAUAAGGCGGAGCGUUUCUACUCAGAAUCCGCCAUUGUUUUUAAGCCACCACGUAACAGUCUUCUAAUGCCUGAGUGGCCAUUGGAGAACACUGUUGGCUUAGACUCUGCGGUUGACAAGGUAUGGGAAGCAAUUGAGAAUGAAAAUGUUAGAAUCAUUAGAUUAUGUGGACAAGGCGGUGUUGGGAAGACGACCCUUUUGAAGAAAGUUUGCAAUGAAUUCCAUAGGAGAAGCCAUGAUUUUGAUGUUGUCAUUUGGGCCAUGGUGCCUACAGGAGAGGGUUACAUACAGAAAAUUCAAGAGUUGAUUAGGAAGAAACUGGACAUACCUGAUGAGAUAUGGAACCAGUCAGGCGAGGACGAGAAAGGGGCUGAGAUAUUUAGAGUUUUGAAACGCAACAAGUUUGUGUUUUUACUGGACAAUGUAUGGGAACCCUUUGAUCUCAUAAGACUCGGCAUCAAACUGUCCGGUUAUCGGAACCAGUCCAAAGUAAUAUUCACAACCCGAUCACUGCGGUUGUACUUAAACUUUUUCAGCACAGCUCAUGAGACGAUUGAAGUCAAGUGUUUACCACCAGAGGAGGCAUUGAGUUUGUUUAGGAUGACUGUAGGCGUAAGUGUUCUAAGUAGCGAUGCUGAUCUCUCGGAGUUGGCGAAUACGUGUGCUAGGAAAUGUAGAGGGUUGCCACUUGCUCUCCUCACUUUUGCAAGAGCAAUGGCUGGUUUAGACAAUCCCCGACAAUGGCGUCAUACAAUCGAGCUGUUACAUUCUCAUCCAUCAGAGAUUGCAGGAAUGGGAGGUCAUGUGUUUCCUCUUCUCAAGUUUAGCUAUGAUAACUUGAAAGAAGCCAAAGAACAAAACUGCUUUCUGUAUUGUUCUCUAUUCCCUGAGGACUAUAACAUUAGGAUCGAUGAACUUAUCGAUCUAUGGGUAGGAGAAGGUUUCUUACAUGCAAAUCCAUGUGAUCGUGGAGGAUUUAUAGUCGAUGCUUUAAAGUCUGCUUAUUUACUUGAAACUGACGAGUCUAAGCAAUGUGUUAGAAUGCAUGACAUAUUCCGUCACAUGGCCCUGUGGUUGGCCCGGGAUCAAGGAAGAAAUAAGAACAAGGUUUUGGUCGCUAAAAGCGGAAGGCUUACCGAUCGAGAACUCCGAAAAUGGGAAGUGGCAAACUGGAUUUCCUUGUUUGGUUGUAUCAUUACCAAAGUGAACAUAAGUCGCUCACCAUCUUGCCCUUAUCUUACAACUUUGCUCUUAAGAGAUGGAGAGAUAAUAUCUUUUCCGGACAGAUUCUUCGAUUCUAUGCCGGUUUUGAAAGUUUUGGAUUUGUCAGGUAACAGAAGCUUAGUUGAGUUACCUUCCAAUAUUGGAAAUGCGAAAACUUUGAAAUAUCUUAAUUUGUCAUUGACAAGCCUAGAAAAGUUGCCUACUGACCUUGGAAAUUUGAGAAACCUCAGGUGUUUGCUGUUAGAUUAUACUAUGAAUCUUAAAUGGAUACCAAAGGAGGUGAUAUCUAAUCUUUUACUUUUGCAAGUUUAUAGUAAAAUCAAUGGAGUCGAUGAGCACUUCAGUUCGGUGGAAAGUAUGCCUUACGACGAAAUCGACUUUUUAGAAGCUUUGGAGUGUUUGAAUCACAUAAACAAAAUAUGUAUCACCAUAUUCUGUGCCCCUUCCCUGGAAAAAAUUCUGCAAUCCUACAUUUUAAGGAGUUGCAUUAGGAAAUUAACAGUCAUGGAAUGCAAUGGCUUGAUUUCGCUACAUUUUACAGAAGAGGUAAGCAAUCUCGAAAGUCUUGAGAUAUUUCGUUGCAGUUCACUCAAAGAGUUCAAAGUAUCAGUAGGCUGUAAGGUUGGCAACCUUAGUAAGGUAAGCAUAGGAGUUUGCCCUCUGUUGUUGAACCUUAAUGCCCUUGCUUAUGCUAGAAACCUCGAGAUUCUUAAAAUUUUCGACUGUGAGGCGCUUAAGGAAGUUACAAGUGAAAUGGCAUUCCCCCGGUUGAAAACCGUUUAUUUGACUCGCCUGCUAAAUCUGAAACGCAUUUGUCCAUCGUCAAGUUGCUUUCCUUCUCUGUUGGAGAUUGAAGUAUCCAAGUGCCAAUUGUUGAGGCUACUUCCGUUUGACUUGGGAAGUGCAAAUCUAUUGCAGAAAAUUAUAGGAGAAAUAGAGUGGUGGAAUGAUUUGAUUUGGGAUGAUGAAGCUGUUAAGCAUGUUUGUUGCUCGAAAUUCGUAUCCACCCCAUCCGAGCUCAUACAAAAUCUAUAUCCCCCUCGUCCUGCUCCUGUUCCUCCUAUUCCUGCUCCUCGUCCUCAUCCUGAGACUCCUGCUGUCAUAUCAUCACAAGAUUUGGAUGUUAUUAAAGUUAUCAGUAAAGGUUAUAGUUCAACUGUGCAAUUGGUUCAACACAAAUGGACUGGCCAACUUUUUGCAUUAAAGAUCAUUGAAAUGGAUAUUGAGGAGUCUGUUCUCAGCCAAAUUGCAAGAAAAUGGAGAUCGAUUCAGUCGUCUCGAUGUCCAUUUGUUGUUGUUCAUUAUUCGUCUUCCUAUAAGGAUGGUGUCAUGUCAAACAUCUUGGAGUAUAUGGAUGGUGGAUCCCUUGCAGACUUUCUGAAGAAGGUUAAAUCGAUUCCAGAACCCUAUCUUGCCGCAAUCUGUAAACAGACGCUCAAGGGCUUGAUUUAUCUUCAUCACGAAGUACAUGUUAUCCAUCGAGACAUAAAGCCAUCGAAGUUGUUAAUAAAUCACAGGGGGGAAGUUAAGAUCACCGACUUCGGCGAGAGUGCAGAACUGAUAAGUUACGUAGGACUAGCCAACAAAAGAGCCAACACUUUUGUUGGCACAUACAACUAUAUGUCUCCUGAGAGAAUUUGUGGAAGCAGUUAUGGUGUCGACGCCGACAUUUGGAGCUUGGGGAUAGUGUUGCUCGAGUGUGCAACCGGCAAAUUCCCAUAUUCGCCGCCGGAGCAUGCGGAAGAAUGGACGAGCUUUUUUGAACUUAUGGAACAUAUUGUUGAAGGACCAGCACCUUGUGUACCUUCAGAUCAAUUUUCGCCAGAGUUCUGCUCUUUUAUUUCUGCAUGCCUCCAGAAAGACCCAAAGGAAAGAAAGUCUGCUCCUGAACUACUGGAACUGCCGUUCGUGAAGAUGUACGACGAUGUGGAAGUGGACCUCUCAUCCUACUUCAGCAGUGCAGAUUAUGGAGUUGUUGGGAUGCUCCAUGUCGGGAUUCUGUGUGAAAACCUUGAAAGAUCACUUGAAUUUUAUCAGAAUAUUUUAGGUCUUCAAAUAAAUGAGGCUAGGCCUCAUGAUAAGCUUCCAUAUAGAGGUGCUUGGUUGUGGGUAGGUUCUGAGAUGAUUCAUUUGAUGGAACUUCCGAAUCCAGACCCUUUAACUGGAAGACCCGAACAUGGAGGCCGUGACCGUCAUGCUUGUAUUUCAAUUCGAGAUGUAUCUAAGCUGCAAGCAAUCCUUGACAAAGCUGGUAUUCCUUACACUCUUAGCCGAUCCGGGAGGCCGGCAAUUUUUACACGAGAUCCAGAUGCAAAUGCUCUAGAAUUCACACAAGUUUGACGCCUGAGAUGUUUUAGCAUUCAAAACUGGAUUUCUUCAAAGAUAAUAUCUCAAGUCCCUUUUUCUCUCUGGAUCCAGAUCAUGUAUAUAAUAAUAGAAAAUCUUUAUACUAGAGU